AUUCACAGCAAAACCUUAAAAGAUGACGACGAGUCACUACAAAAACAGCAUCCCUGUUGUUUAUCUCUUGUUUUGUCUGUUUGUCACAUCUGCGUCUGCAAGAUCCUUCAUAAGACAAUACACUGAUGGCUUCAACACAAAUCUGCAGCAGGAAAAUGGAGUAGGACCAAUGCCAAACCAGGACAAAGGGCACUACUUACAUAACAAUGAAGAGAUCUCAUCACGUGAUUAUAAAGUCUCAGCUUCAAACGUAGUGAAAGGUCUGAGAGAUCAUCCUCCAUCCUCUUACUCUCUCAAGAUGGAGUCUUUCAACACGCUCCUUAAGUCAACCUACACAGAGAAAUACGAAUCUCGUCCUUUCUCAGUUGGUGGAUACAACUGGACACUUGUUGUGUACCCCAAUGGGAACAAGAAAGACAGUGGCUCAGGAUACAUUUCGCUUUACGUAGCCAUAGACAACUCGACCCUCGCCGCUGCACAUCAAGAGAUUUAUGCGGAUCUAAGGUUUUACAUCUUCAACAAGAACGAGAGGAAGUACUUCACCAUCCAAGAUACCGAUGUAUGGAAAUUUAAUGUCUUCAAAACGAUGUGGGGAUUCUCUCAGGUCCUCUCUAUUGAUACAUUCAAAGACCCGAAAAAUGGAUACCUUUACGAUGGAGAUCAUUGCGAGUUUGGUGUUGACGUGACCAUUCCUUUUCUAUAUAAAAUAUCUGAACUUUUCACUGUCACUGAGAAUAUCUAUAACCCGAGAUUUACCUGGAGCAUUCGGGGAUUCUCUACGCUUCUCAAAGACUCUUACCUAUCAGAUGUAUUUUCAAUCGGCGGAAGAAAUUGGAAUAUACAAGUGUAUCCAAAUGGUGAUGCCACAGUAGCGGGAAAAGCCUUGUCGAUGUUUCUUAACCUUGAUGCAAACGAGAAAUUCAGACCCUAUGAGAAGAUUUAUGUUCGAGCCAAGCUUCGAAUUCUCAACCAACGCCAAUUCAAUAACGUCGAAAAACAACUUGAUGUUUGGUAUAAUGGUCCGGGAUAUACAGGAUUUUCUGGUUGGGGUUAUAGUGACUUUAUCUCACUCUCAGAUCUCAAAGAUUCAUCAAAGGGUUUCGUUGUGAAUGAUGUGUUGAUGGCUCAAGUCGAAAUGGAAGCCAUUUCUUCAACCAAGUACUUCCCUAAUUAGAUUUUUCUAACCAAGGAAUUUCCCACAUGUUCGCUUUUAUAUCAACCACUUCAUAAUUUGAAUAUGUAUGUGUUUGUGUUUUAAAUAAUAAAGUGAGUGUUUUUUC